GUUGGUAGGUUGCGGGUGCGAUCAAAUCAAAUGCACGAAAAUAAAGGCAUCGCCAUCUCCCCUUUCCGCCUCCCGUCGACGUCUGAAGUCGCCCAUCCUGCUCCAGUGUCGGUGUGGCGUAUGGAGACCGCCUACUUCUCGUCCCUCUCGGUCUUUCCCGCCGCCGCCGCCGCCGCCGGAAAGAAUGUGCGCCCACUCUGCGUGGCUCGGCCGGGGCGUCGGGGCUUUGCGGCCGGAGCAGGAUCGAGCAACGGGGGGAAGAGCGGCGGAGGAUGCGCCGGGGUGCCCAACUCCAACUACGUGGUGCCGCUCGAUAAAGCGACCUCGUCCCUCGCCCGUCCCCUGAACGAGAUCCUCAGGGACCUCAACAAGAGAGUGCCCGACAAGAUCAUCGACACCGCUGACAACACCAUCCCUUGGUACCACACCAAUAGAAUGCUGAGCUUUUAUGCCCCAGGCUGGUGUGGAGAAGUUCGCGAUGUUAGAUUCUCAAAUUAUGGUACUGUGACCGUGGUGUACCGACUCACCGUUAGAGGAUCAGAUGGAGAGGCUCACCGCGAGUCCACCGGAACAGUGUCCGUGAACGACGGCCAGCUUGACGACCCAGUUGCAGCAGCUGAAGAAUUGGCCUUCUGCAGAGCCUGCGCAAGAUUUGGUUUUGGCUUGCAUCUGUACCAUGAGGACUGAGCGUUGUAUAACAAGUCACUCUUUACGAGCAAUCUUGUAGUCCUUACAUGUAUGCGAUGAAUCACCAACACAACAAGCGUGAGCCUGUUAUUUUACUGUUAGGAAAAAAUGAAUCUCGUGUGCUCAAGUAGAGAAACUUAUAUGGUGAAUGCAAUCAAAAUUGGGCCA